ACAGAGAGAGAGAGCCGUCCAGAGAGCCGUCCAGACCCCUGACGAGGACACAGGGGAGGCCCCAUGCCUGCAGACCUCCAGUGACCCCUCACCAGGAGAGGAAUGAUAUGUCAAAGCGAGGACCGAGCAGACACCAGACGCUGAAGCACUUCUGCAACACCAUGGGGCUGCUAGGCUUCUUCAAGGAUUACAUCCUGGGCUUCCUGGACUAUGAGACCCCCAAGGUGAUGGUGGUGAGGAACCGCAACCUGGGAGUCAUCUACAGGGGGGUCCAGUUCCUGGUCAUCACCUAUUUCAUCUGGUACGUCUUCAUCAAGGAGAAGGCCUACCAGGACUUUGAGUCGGGCCUGGAGAGCUCGGUGACCACGAGGAUGAAGGGCACAGCGGUGCAGGGCGGCCUGGUGCACGACUCUGAGGAGUACGCACACCCCUCAGAGGGGUUCGAGGUGAUGAGCACCACGGUGAGACGAGACGUCACCCACGACCAGAGACAGGCCACCUGCGCUGAGCAUUUCUCCGUCCCAAACGCCAACUGCAGCGAGGAUUCAGACUGCAGGGAGGGAGAGGUGGACUUCGAUGGCCACGGCCCGAGGACGGGCCGCUGCGUCCCGUACUACGACCAGAGCUUCCGGACGUGUGAGAUCCAGGCGUGGUGCCCGGUGGAGGAGUACGCCGCCGUACGGGAGCCCCCGUUGCUGGAGGCCUUCAACUUCACCAUCGUCAUCAAGAACGCGAUCCGCUUCCCCAAGUUUAACGUGUCCAGAGCGAACGUCAAGGACUUUCCGAAGAAGCGGCAGCUGUCCCAGUACCUGGCGCGCUGCCACUACCACGCGGUGACGGAGCCGUACUGCCCCGUGUUCCGGCUGGGCUACAUCGCCCAGCGGGCCCGGCAGGACUGGGCCGAGCUCUGCCAGACGGGCGGCGUCAUCGGGGUCUUCAUCAACUGGCAGUGUGACUUUGACCUCAGCACGGCCAAAUGCAAACCCACCUACUCCUUCCGUCUGCUGGACACCAGGAAGGACCUCCCCACCGCCGGCUACUACUACAGGUUCGCUAAGUACUACAGCCGGGACGGCGUGGAGUCCAGGACGCUCAUCAAGGCCUACGGGGUCCGCCUGGACAUCAUCGUCCACGGAUACGCGGGGAAGUUCGGCCUCAUUCCGACCAUCAUCAACUCAGUGACGGCGUUGGGCUCCGUGGGGGUCUGUUCCAUCCUCUGUGAUUGGAUCCUGCUAACCUUCAUUGAUAAGGACGAGAUCUACAGCAACAAGAUGUUUGACGACUCCAGCAAAGACCCGGUCCAGCCCAACUCCACCGCUUUCACCAUCGUCAGCUACGGGUCAAACCAUUCCGACCUGUCAGAGGGGGUAGCGCUGUGAGGCCUGUUUUACCGACUGUUUUACAGACUGUCCUGCGACCAACAACAGACCGACGCUCCUCUCAGAACAGACUUCUGAGUUCAAAUGAUGGCGGAGAAUAAGAAGAAAGGUGUUCUGCUGCACAUUAAACCUCUAAUAACCGCCUCUAAUAAAAGCCCUUUCCCUAGAA